GGAGAGGAAAGCUCAGCUCGUGUUCAUUAAGUCUGUGUGUGCUUCAGGAACGCGUCUCUGAAUCAGAUCUGCUGUGAUUUCCUGCUGAAGCUCUGCAUGCGUCUGAUCUCACAGGAACACACCUGGACCAGUGAGCUGCAAGAUGUGGAGCAUGUCCUGCAGGAGUCUCUGCCGUCUCUGUGCUGCUGCGCGUCUGAUUGGCUAUCUGUGCUCUCUGAUUUCCCACAAUCCCUCAGAAACACUCAGCACUGCCUCAUCUACCUGCUGCACCUGUCGCUGCUGCACGGGGACAGGUUUCUGAGCGACUCGGCCGUGUUCUCCGCUGUGCUGCGCUUCAUCUCGUGUGUUCAGGACCUUCCUGCGUCGGUGUUGAGUUCAGUGCUCUAUCUGCUGUCCGUCACUCAACACGCCGGGCCUCGUCUGGACACGGUGUCUGUGAGCGUCCUCUCUAAGGCUCUGUCUUCCUGUCCGCUGCUCUUCUCUCGCUCUCUUCCUCUGUCCGUCCUGAGCUUCAUCUUCAUGUAUCCGGAGCUCUCGGAGCAGUUCGGAGCGCCAGCUCUGACGGGACGUCUGUCAGAGGAGACUCAGGAGCAGGAGCUGCUGGAGCUGCUUCACACACACCCUGCAGCGCUGCUGGCCACACUGGCCGUGGCGUGUGACGUCGAGUCUGCAGCGUCACGUUCAGCCGUCGGUGUCCUGCAGUGUUUCCUGCGAUCGGCCGACAGCAGCAGCAUCAGCGGGACAUCUGAUCUCUGUGAUCAGAUCCGAUCGGCGCUGCUCAACGUCCUGCAGAGACACACACACACAGACGGUCUGUCUGUGCUGCUGGACGUGUCGGCUGUGAUUCACUCGUCCGGUCAGAUGGAGCACACUGACUUCAGACUCCUGUACCACGUCAGUAAUCUAGUAGGAAAGCUGGACUCCAGUGACUCUGAGCUGCUGCUGUCUGUUUUCAACUUCCUGUACUGCUUCCUGUCUGUGUGUCCUUCACACGCUACUGAUAGAGGAGUGUCUCUGCUGCUGGGAAAUGUCAGGCUGAUGGAGCUGCUGGAGGGGGUUUUAUCUGCCUCUUCAUCCUCAUCUUCAUCACUGUUGUGCUCCUCUCUGCUCCUGCUCUCCUCCCUCACACUCCUGCAGCACAAACACUCCGCUCAGGUUCACAGGAGCGUCAGUGUGGAUCUGCAUCAGAUAAUCAGACGACUGGCCUUAAGCAAGAGACACACGGACACACUGCUCAUCAAGUGCAGUGUGCGCUUUGUUCAGGUGUGUUUGGAUGUGGAUGCAUCUGCUCUGCUGUGUGUGUGUGAUGCAGCACUGCAGCGACCUCUGACCUCUAUAGAUGGCGCUCUUCAUCCCAUCGGACACAGCGGCGCUACGAGCCUCAUGACAGCGCUGAGCGCACUCAUGCUAGUGACGCAGGAUCUGAUGGUCAGCGCCGCUCUGAACUGUCUCAGGUCUCUGAUGGGAUUUCUGCGCAGACGGAGCCCUGAAACCGCGCAGCACAUGGUGUGUCAGCCGUGGAUGCGGUUCCUGCUCUUCUCUUUACUCUCCUGUGACCAGAGACUGAGACCUGCAGCGCUGCAGCUGCUCACACAGCUGGUGUGUUUCAGCGGUGGCGUCUCACACUGGAGGACUGAAGUUGAGUCUGUGUGUGAAGAGAUUGAGAAAGAAGGAGCGACGAACCUCACCGAUGACAGCACACACACACUGAGACUGAUGCUCACACAGUGUUGUGCUCUUUCUCCUCCUGAUGAUCUGAGGAUGAGGAUGGAGGCUAUACAAGAGUCACUAAGACAUCUUCCUCCCUCUGAGAGCUCGAGCAGACACAUGCUUCGGGUUGGACGCGUCUCUGUCUGUCUGUCUGACUUCACAAUCAGCACUCAGGACCUAUGAAACACACACACACACACACACACACACACACACACACAAUAACACAAUUCUGAUGACUUUGACUUCUGUUCCUGCUGAAGAUGUUUGUUACUGAAAUAUAUCUUA